AUAAUAUUCAUUUUGUUAACAGAAAUUAAUGAAUGGAAAAUUUAUCGUAAUCUACAAUUUGAAAAUUUGUGAUAUUCUCGUUCUGCAAAUUACUUCAGUAAAUACAUUUAAUUCCUCAAUGCACAGAUUUGCCUGAAUUCACUAAUGAGGAUGAUUCUAUCACUUUCAUGCAUGCAUUUUGAUGUAUAGGUGCUUCAAUUUAUAACAUGUAGCUUAAAGCCAUAAAGUUUAAUGGCUAAAAAUAUCAGCCAGACUAAUUGCAAGAACGAUCCAUGUAAUGGGCAAGUGCGAUAAGAAGAGAUACUUGCAUGACUGGUCCAGAAAAUCGACUUUGUUUUUUGUAUAAAUCAAAAGCACAAUGCUUCAAAACCAUCCACAUAAAUUUGUGGAGCCGAAUUCGAAAAAAAUAACCAAGUUGAAACUCGUUUAGCAAGGCGCGCCAGAGCCUGAUGAUAAGCGUGUGUAAAAGUCAAUAAUAUGCGCGCGAUGUAUAUGAAAUGUAAUAUUGAGAUGACAAGACAGCGUGAUAAUCAAUAAUCUAAUCUGAUAAUCUGCACAUAUAGGAUCGUUGUUUAUCUGACUGCAAUAGUUUAUAUAAGUCGGUUUAUUUACCUGUAAUUACAUUUAUUUAUUCUGAUGAGUGUAUCAAGUGCAACACUGCAUGCAAACGAUGAUUACAUCGUUGUAAAACAUGACAAUGAUUGCAUACGAUCCGAUAUAACAGUGAAGGAAGAUCAACAAAGCAACUUUUAUUUUUUAGUUCACGAAUGUCUCUUUUUACUCGUCAAAUAAUAAUCUUUUCUUUGUUAAUAAUUUUCUAAGGAAAUAUAAAAGAAUCAUUCGAUUUUACUGUUGUCACACGAAAAUCUUCUGUUAAGUGGUUAAAAUACUCGCGUAUCAAAAUAUUAAAGAUUACACGAUUUGCAAUACGACUACGUUAUUAUACAUUUGUUUAAACCCUGCUGUGUUCUUUCGAUCAUUAUCGAUCCAAUCGAUUUCUUCUAACAAGAAAUUUUAUUUAACAUUUGUUUCCUAAGUUUCUUAUUCUCUAGUAAGGAAUAUUUCAAGCUCGAGCAAGAUAUGGAAACGUUGUUUUAAUAUGCACGAUACUUCAUUUCAACUCUAUGUUAAAUAUUUUUUACAAAUAUUCCAAAUACUUCAUAAAUCAAAUCAAAUAUUACAUAAAUCCAAAGUCGAAACAUAAAAGUUCGAAGAUUUCAAGAGGUUAAAUACAUGUGAAGUAAUAAUUUACUCAUAAUAUUACACGAGUCAGAGUAUGAUUUAAUAUAUGUGCAUUUAUAUCUAGAUAAGUAGAGAGCAGUGUAAUAGUCGGAACAUUGAUUAAAAAAGGGAGAUGAAUCUAUGGCAACUGCUGGAGGAGGUCGAGAACAAGAAUUUUUUUAAUCGCUGGAGAGUUAACUAUUUCCUGUGGAAAAAGGUCUUGCUGGUUUACUUAGGGGAUUUCUGGCUUAUGACAUUAUUCUCGGGAAUGUGGGACCCGUAUUUGUGGGAAGAGCUCAGUGAUUCGGAUGAAGACAGUCCAUUGAAUUCUUUGUAAAUUUAAAGAAAGAAAAACCGAAUAUUUUGGAAGAAUUUUGGUUUAAGGUAUGAUCGAAUCAUGAUAUAUUAUGAUAUGACAUAUAAUAUGUUAAUCAUGUGCUAAUGUUUUAAUCGUCCGACGCGAGGACAUUCUCCUUAACGAAGGAUAAAGUUAAAGAGAACUUGUAUGUAGACGUAAAAUAAUUAAUUAGAUGAAAGAAUACAAAGUUAAGAGAGCACGAGCGAAGUGACGUUUAAAAGAAUACUUACUACGACAUAUUUGAAAAUGAGUAUAGUAAACGGAAUGAAUGAUUCGAACGGGCACGUGGAGACACAUUUGGAGACCAAGUUCGUACCAGAUCCCGAAGAGGAAAAAAGAUGGGAGAAGAAAGGUGUCAUGUAUCAGAUAAUUAUGUCGCUGUGCGCGAACUCCUCGGUUUUGGGUCCUUCCAUGGCUUUUGGCUAUAGCGGAGUUGCAUUGACACCUUUGAUGUCACCUACCAGUGACGUGAAAAUCGACAAAGUUCAAGCCAAUUGGAUAGCGACAGCAACGGCACUAGGUAUUCCAUUUGGUUGCAUCGUUUCUGGUUACACUAUGAGACGCGGAAGAAAGUUGAGCUUGUUGAUAACGUCUAUCGUGUCCAUCGUUGGCUGGCUCGUCAUUUAUUUAGCUGGAACAUACGAACAAAUUCUUGUAGGCAGAAUCAUUUCUGGAAUCGCGACAGGCAUGGCCUCGGUACCAGCCACAGUUUAUAGCGCGGAGGUUUCUUCUCCAAAAUGGCGAUCAAUUAUGAUCACAUGGACCAGCGUAUCCAUCGCCAUCGGUGUUCUUGUCGUUUAUAUUUUCGGCUAUAUUUUCAAGGACGACUGGCGAAUGGUGGCUCUGAUGUGCGCCCUGUUUCCUCUGGUCUCGGCCGUACUGACCUUGGCCGUCGUCCUAGAAACCCCGAUCUGGUUACGAGACAGAGGUCGUCUAGACGAGGCGUUACAGGUGUUGAAAAAAUUCCGCGGCAUCCCAAAAGACGUGCCUCCCCCGCCACAGCUCUACGAAGAAUUGAAAACACGUCCUCAGCGAAAGAAACAAAAUUUCAUGAAACAUAUGCUCAAGAGGAACGCCAUGGUACCUUUUGCAAUCCUGCUCGGUUAUUUCUUUUUCCAGCAAUUCUCCGGACUUUUCAUCAUCGUCUACUACGCAGUGGACAUCAUACAAAGCGCUGGAGUCACUAUAGAUCCCAAUUUGGGGGCAGUUUUGAUAGGAUUAACAAGAUUAGUAGGUACUUUACUAGUGUCGUGCAUGUCAGAAAAGUUAGGAAGGAGAAAACCUUCUAUCGUUUCUGGAUCUGCAAUGACAAUUUUCAUGGGAGUAUUGUCUGUGUACUUAUUAUUGAAGGAUAAAGGAUAUUCUAUAAACGAUGGUGGCCUGAUACCUGUGAUAUGUAUACUUAUGUACAUUUUUGGAAGCACUCUUGGUUUCUUGGUGAUCCCAUUCGCCAUGGUGGGCGAAGUGUAUCCACCGAAGGUUAAAGAAGCGUUAUCAGGAUUGACUACGUGUAUCAAUUACAUCUUCAGCUCCAUCACGGUGAAAACCUACCCGGACAUGGAGGUCGCCAUGGGCAGACAUGGAGUUUUCAUAUUUUUCACGGUGCUGUCGUUUUUGGGAACGUUAUUUGUGACGUUUUUCUUACCUGAGACAAAGGGAAAGACUUUGAGCGAGAUCGAAGAUAUGUUCUCGAGGAAGAAGGAAGUGGUUGACACGCCGGAGGAAGAGGAGAUGGUGGAUGGUAAAUAUGAUAUAUGUUUCUGGAGGAAACUAUAGUUACUUGAAGGUUAUACGAAUUAUUUAGAAAAAAAAAAAAAAGAAAUGAUGGACUUUUUGAAGGCGGAAAAAAAUGAUAUCGAGGGAUUCUAUUUAUAUAUCUGAAUAUCAAUGCAACGCUGAAAAUACUCUCUACUUUGUCUAACUCGUAACAAUCUUUUUCAUGUUUGCGAAAAGUUUGAGUACAAAGAUUGGGAAUGUUAGAAAAGAUUGAUCGAGAUUUUCAUUCGUUAAAAAUAUCAGCCCUUGCAAAUCUAGCUUCCUUAUUGAGUUUAUAACUGUUAAUUAAUCUAUCAAACCACGUUGCAACUGCCUGUCAUCCUGCCAUCUAUGUUUAUUUUCUGUUAAAGUAAUUUAAGAAUAUACUUAUUUUUGUACCUUUAAUAAAUGUUAAAUAUUAUAUGUAUUAUAUUAAAUAAUAAAUGUGAAAUAUUAUAUAACUGCCUUCGAAUGUCGAACCAUCGAUUUGUAAUUGAAUUACACUUAAGUGAAGUGCUAAUACUUUUAACGGUAUAUAACAGUGUCUACUGCAAGCGUGAUUAUGAUUUAUUUCGUAUCGAAUCAGAGUUAUCAUUCUAUUAUCUACACUUUCGUAUCCAAAUGGAUAUAGGGCGGAAUUGUGACAAUAAGUCUUACUUGAUAGCGAUUAUGCGAAUGAUAAGAGACGUCAAAGUCAAGUAACAUGGUUGUUAAUUUCCACUUGACUGCUCGUUCCUCAGUUAACGUAAGUGUUUUGGUAAAAAUUUCGUAAAAUCUAGUAAAAUUUUUAACACGAUGUGUUCUUCGUUCGCAAGAAAGGUAGGAAGAGAUUACUGAAAGGAAGGCUCGUUUAACGGGAGAGAAAAAUAUAAAAAAGAAGUCUUAUUUGUCGCUUUUAUUAUUAAAAUCUUAAAUAAUAAAUUAACAAAUGUCGUAACAAUCGCAAUAAUUAAAUAACAAACACAAAAUAACGUACGGACGUGGAAGUACGAGAUACGGGGUGGUGGAGAAAUGUGAUGAUAAACAGGGGGAUGAAAACUCUAACUGCUGAUAAUAGUGAUGAUAAUAGUAGCAAGCAGAAAUAUUAUAAUAAUAAUAUAAUGUAAUAUAAUAUAAUAACAUAAUAAUAAUAAGAAGAAUCAAUGCUUAAUAGCGUAAAAAUAAAUUAUUAUACGUGAGCGUAGUUCUCGCGGGCAAACCGACUUUUCUCUUUGAGAAAAAUCAUUCAGUCGUGUAAUAAUUGAUAAUUACAAUAAAAAAGAGAAAGAAAAAAGAGAAAUCGAUUUCUCUCGUCUUACGCGGGACUCGUCCGUUCUGUACCAUUUUCCCACCACUUUUGCACCAUAAAAAUAUAUAUAUUUUUAGUUAAAAAAAUAUGUAUAUAUUUUUCUUCAUUGAAUCUUUUUUCUUUUUUUGAAACAACGAUCAAUUGGUAAGGUGCAAAUAAUCGGUCAGAUUUGCGCUAAGGGAAAUAUGGAGCGAAAGAAAAGGAGAAAUAUCAAAGAUGAGAAGAAUGUGAGAGGAAAGAGGAAAGGAAUGUGCGUCGAGGAUCGCGUCGAGAAACGAGAAUUAACAAACUUUAAACGUGUUGUACGCUUCGGUGCGAUGUUCUCGUUAAUAUUUUCUUCGGUCAUAAAGGAAAAGGGAAAGAAAUAUGUAAAACCGAUUUUACGCUAUUCCGCACGAACGUUGGUCCAACAUUGGAGAAAUUUCGUCGCUUAGUCCUUGAUAGUCAAUAUUGGAUCAAUGUUGAUGCAUAUAUCGGUCGAGUAUUCGGAAUACCGCAAACGAUGGAUGAUCGAUAAGCUCGUGCGAUGAAUUCACACCCUUUUGGAGUGGCGCGAGGUGUUUUCGUUCUGAUUUCACGCGAUCGAAACGAUUAACUUGAAAUAAAAUCGUCUCGUUUUCUCCGUGCUUACCGCUCACGUUCUCGCGUCUCGUCUUUCGAACAAGCAGUUAUCAGACGAUGGUUUGUACGUGAUCGUUCGAUUAAACAAAAGAAUCAGUCUCGGUCAUUUCUGAUCCGUGGAUCUUCGUGGAUCACCCGUCGAUUCAUCGUAUUCCCAUGAAAUCGAUCGAUAUUAAAAAUUCAAGUUAAUAUUAUCCUUGAUGUUAAUAUUUUAUACAACGUAAUUUUAUGUAUGUUGAUGUUAAUCAUUUUAUGUAACGUUUUAUACAUUAACAUCAAAGAAGCAAUCGAAAAGAAUGAAAUAAAAGAAGAAGAAGGAAA